AUGGUGGUUUUAGUGGUCUUGCUGCUGAAACUGAUUUCUUACAAUGCAUGUCAGGCUCACAUAGGAAAAUGCAGGCUUCAAAGUCCACACCGUCCACUUCAAACGUACCAUCAGCCAGGAGAGUUCCUCAUUGGUGGUAUUGUUUACCAUGGUGGCUUCCUCUCCUCUGCAGCAACAUUGACUGAGGAACCCCCACCAGCGCUGCCUGAAGAGCUUGUGUGGACAUGGAUUGGAGUCAUUGCAAUAGACAAUAACGAUGGAGAAAGAUUUGUGCAAACCAUUUCCCCAAUGUUUACCAAGAGUGGUGUCUGCUUUGAAUUCAUAGAAAGAAUCCCCAAUUUUAGUUUUCUUUCUGAAAUUACUGACAUGCUACAACAGGGUGCAACAAUAAGCCAGAAAAUUUUUAGCAGCAAUGCUAACGUAGUGGUUGCCUCUGGAGAAUCUUACUCCAUGGCAACUUUUAUGGUGCUUUCAUACAUAUCGAAACAUGAUGACAAGACAAAGAAUGUAAAAAGUAAAGUAUGGAUAACAACUGCCCAGGUUGAGUUUGCUACAUUCGUCUUUCAAAGGUACUGGGAUGCAGGAAUAUUCAGUGGCGCUAUAGCCUUUGAAGUUCACUUUAGAAACCCACCAGGAUUUCAUCAGUAUGUUCUGCACAGAAACCCUUCCAGCACAUAUGAGGACGGUUUUAUCAGGGAAUUCUGGCAACAGGCCUUUGAAUGUGUAUUCCCAGAAAACACUGCAGACAAGGUAGAGGGGAAUAUUUGCACCGGAGAAGAGAAGCUGGAGAAUCUUCCCGGGUCCCUUUUUGAAAUGAGCAUGACAGGCCACAGUUACAGCAUCCACAGUGCUGUCUAUGCCAUGGCCCAUGCUUUACAUGCCAUGUCCACAUCCAGACUCAGACACAGAGGAAUUGCAUAUGGAGGGACAGGGAAGAAUCCGAAUCAACCAUUUUGGCAGGUAAAGGCUGAACUUCCACAACUGGCAAAACCCUGCUACUUCCUGUCACUUUUUGGGUUCCCAAAAUUCUAUCAGUUUGCUCUUUCCUCUCAGAGUUCAAGUAUUUGCACUAGUGUAUGUGGAAGAAGAACCCAGAAUCGAAUUUAUAAUUCUGCAGACAGAGUAGCAGGUGGCACUGAUAUGAUGCUCCAUCACUUUCUGAGAAGCAUGUCAUUUAACAAUACUGCAGGAGAUGUGGUCUUCAUCAACCAGAAUGGGGAGGCAGUAUCAAGCUUGGAUAUUGUGAAUUGGAUCAUAUUCACCAACCAAAGUUUGCACCGAGUGAGAGUUGGGAGGAUAGAUCCACAAGCUCCUCCAGACCAAUCAUUACUCCUUGAUGAAGAUGCUAUCACAUGGCACAGCUGGUUUAACCAGACUCAGCCUCUUUCUGUCUGUACUGAGAGAUGUCUUCCAGGAUCCAGCAAGAAAGUGAAGGAGGGGCAGCCACCUUGCUGCUACGAUUGCAUCCCAUGUGCAGAGGGGAAGAUUGCAAACCAGGAUGAUAUGAAUGACUGUUAUAAAUGCCCAGACAAAGAAUAUCCAAGCAAGAACCGUGAUGGAUGUCUACCCAAGGAUAUCAGCUUCUUGUCUUAUGAAGAACCUUUGGGCAUCAGUUUAGCCUGUUUCUCUCUUUCCUUUUCCUUGAUCACUGCUCUGGUACUAGGUACAUUUAUAAAACACCACGACACACCCAUUGUCAUUGCAAACAACCGAAACCUCACCUACGCUCUCCUCAUCUCUCUCCUGCUCUGCUUCCUUUGUGCAUUGCUCUUCAUUGGCCGACCUGAGAAGGUGACGUGCCUCCUCCGACAAACAGCUUUUGGUAUCAUCUUCUCAACCGCUGUUUCUUGUGUCCUGGCAAAAACCUUGACGGUGGUUUUGGCCUUCAUGGCUACAAAACCAGAAUCCAGGAUGAGGAAAUGGGUGGGGAAAGCACUAGGCCACUCCAUUCUCCUUUCCUGCUCCAUAGUCCAAGUAGGCAUAUGCACUGUGUGGCUGGCAACCUCUCCCCCAUACCCAAAUGUGGACAUGCACUCCGUGAUGGAAGAAAUCAUACUGGAAUGUAAUGAGGGGAGUGUGGCAAUGUUUUACUGUGUCCUCAUCUAUAUGAGCUGCCUGGCAACUGUGAGUUUUGUUGUGGCUUUCCUCGCCAGGAAAUUACCGGACAGUUUCAACGAAGCCAAGUUUAUCACUUUUAGCAUGUUGGUCUUCUGCAGUGUUUGGCUAUCCUUUAUUCCCUCCUACCUGAGCACCAAGGGAAAAUAUAUGGUAGCUGUGGAGAUCUUCUCCAUCUUAGCCUCUGGUGGUGGGCUGCUGGGCUGCAUCUUUUCCCCCAAAUGUUAUAUAAUCAUUCUGAGGCCUGAGCUGAACAAUAGGGAACAGCUAAUAAGGAAGAAAAAUUAA